UUUUUUUUUUGUUUUGUUUUGUUUUCCUGCUCGUCCUUCAGCGCUGGUAUUUGUCUCCUGGAGCGUUUCCAUGGUUACAGCAGUUUUUUACCUGCCUUCUCUCUAGUUUAGACACCUGUGUUCCAGCUAAUUAGCACAACUCUGUGAGUUUCUGUCUAAUUCUUUAAAUAUAAUCAGUGAUGUCAAUCUGCUGGCUCCCCGUCAUGUUCCUUUUCAUGUCUCCACUAAUCGUUGUGGCGUUUGUGCGGAGCUGCAUCUCCUUGGAAACUGCUGACAUUUUUAGUGACGACUCAGAGCCGUGCAGCUGUACCUGAAGACGAAACUUCCAAUUCACUGGCCUACACUUUUCAUCCCUGUUCCUUCUCCAGCCCGACGUUUACACCAUGGCCUUCUUGCAGACGAUGAGAUCGCCCUCCCUCUCCUUCUUCCAGACGGUCGUCUCUCUCCUCCUGAACACCCUGGCCCUCAUGUCCUCCUUUUGGUGUGAGGGCAAGCAGAAGGUGCCCAAGCCGCUCUGCACGGCCACCAAGCACACCAACUGCAUCCCCGUUCCCGGCGUGUCCAACACCUCCAACAUCCAGUUCUUCUGGGAGACGGGGGACGACCGCUUCGUCUUCCCCAGGUUCCACACGGGCCUUUUCUUUAUAUGUGAGGAGAACAUCUACGCAGACGAGUGGGAGGAGAAGUGUCGAGGAUUUCAUAAUUUGACUCCAGAGUCAGAAACAGCGAUGAUGUGGUUGUCUGUGUCGAUGGAGCUGGUGUAUAUCGGUCUGCUGCUAGUCAGCUGCACUCUGCUGUCAGUGCAGCUGAGCAUCAGGGCUUGGUUCCCCUCCACGCUUCGCUGGGGCCAGAUGCUCAACGCUUUUGCCGCUGUCUUCACAGUUCUGGGAGGUCUGCUUGGCAUGGUGGGUCACAUGAUGUUCAUGCAGGUGUUUCAGACCAUCGCCUCAAUGGGACCAGAGGACUUUAAACCUCACAGCUAUGGAUACUCCUGGGCGUUCUACAUGGCCUGGUUUGCCUUCACAGUCUGCAUGGCAGCAGGAGUCUCCACCCUGAACAACUACACCAAAAAGGUUCUGAUGGUGGGUCCCAGGCGCACCUCCAGCCUCAACCCCUGCAGCUUUAACAUGCUUCUGCCUCCGGCUCCUUACUACACCCCGCCAAACCCAGCCGUCAGCCUGGCCACACCCCUGUCUGCCCCGCUGAUCUCCCACCUGUCCCCCUACUACGAGCCUCCAUCAGCGGCGUCGCCGUCCUCCACACCGAGGCUCACUCACUCCCAUUCCCUUCCUCUCACCCACUCUGACUCCUUCCCUCCUCCCCCGUCUCACCCUGCACCUGCGUCCCCAUUCCACCGCCUGUCGCUGCCCUCCCCGUCUUCCUCGCAGGUGCCGUCCAUCUCCGUCCACAUGAUGCGACCAGGACACGGCGAGAACUGUUGUGACCAGGAAGAGGAAUACAGCCCACUCUGAAGGGUUUAUUGUUUUUUUUUGGGGGGGGGGGUUAGCUGAAAUAUUAUAAAUGUCCUGCCAGUCUUGACCCCCGAAUAAACCCAAAGUGAUUCAUUAUUGCUAACCAUGGAAGAACAGAUUCAGGUAAAAAGGACCGCAGUCCUCCGCAAUGAGAGGAGCCAGCUGAGGUGGUUCGAGAAACUCCCCUCCCUGGGGAGGUGUUUCGGACAUGUCCUGCCUGCAGGAGGCCCCCGGGUCAACCAAGGAUGCGUUGGAGUACAUCUCCGUCGUAGGGUCCUGCUGGAGGAGCUGGUGGAGGUAGCCGGGGAGAGGGCUGACUGGGAUGCCCUGCUUGAGAUGUCGGACCCGGGUAAGCGGAGGAAAAGGAACAAACAAAGGACUGCAGUCUCUAAAUGUUUAUUAAAUUUGUAAUGAAC